GUGAGUGGUGCGUUCAAGUUCUUCCGUUAUUUUUUAAAUCACUCAGUACUGUAAACCGUAGACAUGUUCGAUAUUACUGUAUACAUUUUGUCCCGUUGUAAUAAAACACGUGAACGUCACGUAAUUGACGACCGCGUAAUGUCAACAUUGACGUCGUUCGGUGUGGUGUGUUGCGUUGAAAUUUGCUUUGGUGACGGUAAGACGACUUCAAGAUGCCCAGCGCAAUAGGCGGAGCGCCAAUUGAAUAACGCAACAGUACUUGAUUUUACUGUUUGUACUGGUAGGUGGUCGGAACAGGUUGAGCCUAACAAACAGCUUUGGCUUAGUCAGCUUACUUGUGGGGUACUUGGAGAUUUACGCAAGAAGAAUACUGAAUAUUUGAGUGGCUCUGGCUGCGCUCGAUGAUGGCAGUGAGUGCCUCUGCUGCUUUUGACAACCGGAGACCACGACCACAGUCUGUUGUCAGCAAACAAGUUGGACCAGAAAGCGGCUCAGGACCUUUAUACUUCAAUUAUAGCUUAUUUUAAGCGCUAACUACUCUGGUUCUCACAAUAAGCCUUUCUAAGCUGCUGAGGAAGUCCCUUAUAGGCUUGAUCGUGAAAGAGGUUGCCAAGUGAGUGUGCGCGCGCGUGUUUUAUGUGACUGGUCUGGACUAUGGAGACACACACCGAGGUGCUUCUUGUCACCGCAAAUGUCGGGUCACUCUUCGACAAUGUCGGUGAAAUACAAAACGAAUGGCUGCAGGAGUUAUACAAGACCAUCCGCACCUACCAGCCACAGUUCAUCGCCCUGCACUUUCAGGAGGUGGGAGGGAAAGACUACAUGGUCAACAUGGGCCACGCAGAAGAAUUCUUUUGGAGCAUUGAGUCCUGUGAAGCUCUAAAAGAUUUUGACAGGCGCUGCAUUUACGUGGACAACCAGUUUCAAGCAGAAGAGAGUUUCACGGCGUUGGGCAGCAUGUAUUUCAUCCACAAGUCAUUGAAGAACAUCCGGCAGUAUGACUUCAGUGUUAAGGACUUUAAAGCGGUGCCGGGACUGGACAAGUAUGUGGGCUCGCUGGAUGGGGUCACCACCAUGGAAAAAGAAAAAUUCCCAAAGACUUUCUGGCCUGAUUUCAAGUGGUCCAGAAAGGGCUUCUUGAGAACCCGCUGGAUUAUCCAUGACCGAGGACUGGACCUAGUCAACAUCCACCUGUUUCACGAUGCCUCCAACCUCAUUGCCUGCAACGCCAGUCCUUCUAUUUACUCUGCCAAUCGCAAAAAUGCACUCAGACACGUCAUCAACAGGAUAUCAGACAACUGCCACACGCCGAUGCCUUUCUUCCUGUUUGGAGACUUUAACUUCCGCUUAGACACUCAGAGUCUAGUCCAGCAUCUGUCUACCUCAGCUGAAGUCCAGACCAUAAAGAAGGACAGCAGCAAUGAAGUGGAGAAAAUCAUUUGUGAGGAGAAAGCUGAUCGCCAGGUACUUCUGCUGAUUGAGGACAAGCUCUUUGCCUACCUGUAUCAGGCGGUGUUCAGAGAAAACAACGGCAAAGCGCUGCUAAAAUAUGACAAAGAAGUCGCAGCCUUCCACGACGUUGUUCGAGAAGAAGAAAUCCAAUUUCCACCCAGUUACCCCUACAGUGAAGAAUUCACUAAACCAACGCAGUACAUGAACACUCGCUGUCCUGCAUGGUGUGAUCGUAUUCUGAUGUCACACACUGCUCAACAACUUAUCCACAGUGGCACCGAUGGCGAGAGGAGUGUUAUUUAUGACACAGUGGGCCCUAAUGUUUGUAUGGGCGAUCAUAAGCCUGUUUUCUUAUUCUUCGCACUGAAGACAAACGGGCAUUGACUUGGGGAUCUUCUCAAUGGUAAACCAGUGAGUGUGCAACAACAUUCUCGGAAAAUUGAAGGAAUGAAAGAAAGAACUUGACCCAAGGUCAAGUGAAUGCUUAUCGAUCCUGAUCUUUCAAGUUCAAGACCUUCACAUAACCUUUUUUUUUUCUCAUAAGUGGUUCUCAACAGACGCUUGGACUUCAUCACUGAAUCUGUCAACAUACCGUAUAUUCUUAUUCAGUCAGACAACUUUGUUACCGUGUGUUCAGAACCGUAGAAGGUUUCAGUUUUAACGUGAUUUGGUUUCAACUGUAAUUGUGCAUUUGUUUUGGAUUUUUAUACUUUUAGCUAUUUACUGAUGUGUUGUUUUUAUUCUCUUUUCAUUUCACAAAAAUAAUUUCAGACAGCUGUGAUAUGUACUGUAUGUUUUUUUUUGGGAGGGGCAGAGUUGGAUAACGGAGGGAGACACUAUAUAUAAUUCACUGAAAGGCAUGCAGCACUUGUUAUUUAUCAAAUUUUGCUGUUUCAAAUGUGAAAAAAGCUUCCAGAUGCUCAAAUUUGUCAAACAGGUGUUGAAACAUGGAACUGCGUUUUCCUUUCAUUUCUUCCUCUGCCAUUGCAAAACUAUUGCAUUUGCUUGAACGUAAGUACGGGGUCUUCAAUCCUGUUCCUGGAGGGCCGCUGCCCAGCCAUUUUUUCCAUCUCUCCCUGCUGCAACACACCUGGUUCAAAUGAUCAGAUAAUCAGCAGCUGCUGGAGAACGAUCCUGCACAUUUGAAUCAAGUUUGUUGCAGCAGGGAGUGGUGGGAAACAGGAAGGACGACGGCCCUCAUGGAACAGGAGUGAAGACCCCUGACUCAACAGGACAUCUUUGAAUAUGAUCAAGAAAAACAGUCAUGGUAACUACAUAUUAAUGUAUAUGUGCGAAUUUGUUUUUAUCCAUCUGAAAAUGGUCCCUAAAAUGACAUGAAGUGAUGGCAUUUCGGUAUGAGCAUGGGGAGUGAUGGUGGUGUUGGCAAUGAACCCUGCAUACUAAGUGCUUUAUUAGGUACAACACUUAGCAAAUUGCUCUCUUUAAUUCAUCCUUUUAAGCUGUCCUUGAAAUGUUUCAUGUCUGUGCUAAGAGUCGACAUAGCCGUAUCCCAAGUAAGGUAUUGCAUCUUGCAAAGAAGCAACCUUAAGAAUUUAACCACUGUUCCUAUUAAAAUAUCAACGUUA